AACAGAGCACACUUCCUGUGCCCUUUCUCCCGCGAGCCCUGUAGUCUCCAACCCUCGUGUGCAGGCUGUGCUCUCUAAAUUGGAGUGGGGUAGAAGCGGGCAGGUACCCCCCUCCUGAUCUCUGGUGUCGCCGCCUUCAGGAGGAUCAGACAUGGCCCAGAACUUGAAGGACUUAGCGGGACGCCUGCCCGCCGGGCCCCGGGGCAUGGGCACCGCGCUGAAGCUACUGCUGGGGGCUGGCGCCGUGGCCUACGGCGUCCGCGAAUCUGUGUUCACGGUGGAAGGCGGGCACAGGGCCAUUUUUUUUAAUCGGAUCGGUGGCGUGCAGCAGGACACCAUCCUGGCAGAGGGCCUUCACUUCAGGAUCCCCUGGUUCCAGUACCCCAUCAUCUAUGACAUUCGGGCCAGACCCCGAAAAAUCUCCUCCCCCACAGGCUCCAAAGACCUGCAGAUGGUGAACAUCUCCCUGCGUGUGCUGUCUCGACCCAAUGCCCAGGAGCUCCCCAGCAUGUACCAACGCCUAGGGCUAGACUAUGAGGAGCGAGUGUUGCCGUCCAUUGUCAACGAGGUGCUCAAGAGUGUGGUGGCCAAGUUCAAUGCCUCACAGCUGAUCACCCAGCGGGCCCAGGUGUCCCUAUUGAUCCGAAGGGAGCUGACAGAGCGGGCCAAGGAUUUCAGCCUCAUCUUGGACGAUGUAGCCAUCACAGAACUGAGUUUUAGCCGAGAGUACACAGCUGCUGUAGAGGCCAAACAAGUGGCCCAACAAGAGGCCCAGCGGGCCCAAUUCUUGGUGGAAAAAGCAAAGCAGGAACAGCGGCAGAAGAUUGUGCAGGCUGAGGGAGAAGCUGAAGCCGCCAAGAUGCUUGGGGAAGCACUGAGCAAGAAUCCUGGCUACAUCAAGCUUCGUAAGAUCCGGGCUGCCCAGAACAUCUCCAAGACGAUUGCCACAUCACAGAACCGUAUCUAUCUCACGGCCGACAACCUUGUGCUGAACCUACAGGAUGAAAGUUUUACCCGGGGGAGUGACAGCCUCAUCAAGGGUAAGAAAUGAGCCUGGUCACCAAGAACUCCCAAGAGAGGAAGUGAAUGUUUCUCCUCCAGUUUUUGAGGAGCCAACUAGGGAUCCGGCACACCCCACCCCAGCCCCACUGUCAUGUGAUGGUUCCCUCUACACCUGUCCUCCUGAGCCCUCUUGGAUUUAGGAAGACUGAAGACUAACCCUUUUGGGGGGAUGACUUUUCCCCUCCCUGUGUUGGCCAGGGGGUUUAGGACAGUGUGAUUUCUCGUUGAUUACCUACAGUGAUGUUCCCUCCCUCAAAGUGGGAGGAGUUAACCACCAUCCCAGGAAUUGUCAAUAAAUUUUUAUUCAGC